AUGGAUGGACAGUCAGAACAGUACAGAACACUUCUCUUGCCAAAUAUAGAGUAUGACCCACAGAAGAUGAACCGGAAGUGGUGUAAUAUUAACGAAUCUGGAAUUCUGGUCAACAAACCUUCAGAAGUAAAACAUACUGACCUGACUUCCGGUCUGCAGUGUUUCAAAGGAGUCACGGGCAGGAUGUAUGUCCCGACGUCUGGAUGUGCGUUCUGGGAGACGGACGUCGACUGCAUGGUGCGUGAAUCGGCUGAAUUAAACGACGUGAUAGCAGAAGUUGGUAUUUGUGUGGACGAGCACUGUGACGAUACAACAGGGAUUUUUAAUAACGAACAUGCGUGGAGUGUUAUGGUCAUCAGCUGUGAAACUCACAAUAGUAUCUGUUUAUGUGCUUAUUCCAGAAUAGAGGAGCUGUGCUGUAUUCCUGUGACAGAUUUCAAAAUUAACUCACGACUCAAGAUCACACUCGGGCUGUUGGUAGACAUCGACAACGCCACUCUCCACAUUAUCCACGUUGACGACAACACAGUUGUACACUCCAUCCCAAACAUCGACGUGUCGCGACCGCUGAUGCCGAUGUUUGGUGUCCACUGUCCUGGACAUUUCGAUGUUAAAGUGAGAGUACCGUCUGACACGGAUCUCUCAGUGAAUCGUGAACUGUUGGUCCUGCUCUCGAGUUUAGUGAAAUAAAUCAUAAUGGGAGAGUCGUGAGACGUGAGUCAAUGCAAUUCAAACCUGUGGAACACGGUGUCGACUCCCACCCAGGGCGAGUUUAAACGAGCCAGUGGGGAGGUGUGACUUCCCGCUCACUAACCAGUAAGAACUAACCACUGACCCCUGACCCGUACACAUACCAGAUAGCUGAUGUGUAGGCCCAGGGCGGCGUGCUUGGCUAUAAGCAUGAAAACCAAGUUAAAAUGAAGUCGACUAGCGCUGUAGUGUCACUAUAACGAAUAUAUAAUCUUCACUGAAUCUGACAGAAGAAAAUGGAGAAUAGCACACAAGUAUUGGAGAAAAUGUAUCUUACGAAAUUUAUCUAACAAGCAAGCGAUACUUUUGGAAGCCACAAGUUGUAAGAUAAAUUGUCUCCAACGGGCACAAGUGUAUUAUUCUAUUUCUUACAUUCCUUUAAAAAGUCUUUCUUAAUAUAGUUUAACGGAAAUACACUGAACAGAAAGCCUGAGUAGGGCGGGUGUGUAAAAAUAAGAGAUUAUACCAACAUUAACUGAACAGGGUGAAUACAACCAGAACCCUCAUCCACAGUGUCAUAAAGUUAACUGUGUUACUGACAUUGAAUUCCACAUUAAUGACAUUGAAUUCCACAUUGAAUUCCACAUUAAUGACAUUGAAUUCCACAUUAAUGCCAUUGAAUUCCACAUUACUGACAUUGAAUUCCACAUUAAUGACAUUGAAUUCCACAUUGAAUUCCACAUUAUUGACAUUGAAUUCCACAUUACAUGUUUGUACUUUAUACAGACAUUAUGACGUUGAAGGUGACUGACAUUUGGUAUAAAAUACCAAGUAACCCCUUAUUUGUUUGUCUCAGUAUAUGCAUAUUAUGUAUAUAUAAUAUGUAUAUUAUUUUGAUAGUGAAAUAUCUCUUGUACCAAUUUUGAAUAGCCCUCUAGAGAUAAAUA